UAUAGCUAUUUCCGGUCCCCGCAAUGACAGAACACGCAUCACCUUUAAGACGUCGAAGCCCUGGCACCCCUCCUGCAAGUACGAGCCCCCACCACCUGCGUCUGAGACCGGGUCUGGUGGCGCCAUGGGCUUGUCGUUUUGCGGCAACGAUGAGAACGUCAGCGGCUACAACGUCGACGACGGCAUGUUGAACAACGGCUGCUUCGUGGACGCGCUCAACCUGGUGCCUCAUGUCUUCCUGCUCUUCAUCACCUUCCCCAUCCUCUUCAUUGGUUGGGGCAGUCAGAGCUCCAAGGUCCAAAUCCAUCACAACACCUGGCUCCACUUCCCUGGACACAACCUGAGAUGGAUCCUCACCUUCUUGCUGCUCUUCGUCCACGUGUGCGAGUUUGCGGAGGGCCUCGUCUCCAACAAGAUGAUGGACACCAACCACCUGCACCUCUUCAUGCCCGCCUUCAUGGGCUUUGUGGCGGCUACAACAUCGGUGGUCUACUACCACAACAUCGAGACCUCCAACUUCCCCAAACUUCUCCUUGUCCUGUUCAUCUACUGGGUGCUGGCCUUUAUCACCAAGUCCAUCAAGCUGUGGAAGUUCGCCGAGUUCCACGUGGGCCCGCAGCAGCUGAGGUUCUGCAUCACGGCCCUGCUUGUGAUCCUGUACGGUCUGCUCAUGGCCGUGGAAGUCAACGUCAUUAGGAUCCGGAAGUACGUCUUCUUCGCCAACCCCCAGAAGGUGAAACCUCCAGAAGACCUGCAAGAUUUGGGGGUUCGUUUUCUGCAGCCCUUCGUCAAUCUGCUGUCCAAGGCCACGUACUGGUGGAUGAACCCUCUCAUCAUGGGCGCCCACAAGAGACCCAUCGAGCUGAAGAAGAUCGGCAAGCUGCCCAUCGCCAUGAGAGCCCUCACCAACUACUUACGCCUCAAAGACGCCUACGAAGAUCAAAAGUCGGCCGAGAACCCCGACCGAGCUCCUUCCAUCUGGCGCUCCAUGUACCGGGCGUUCGGCCGGCCCAUCCUGCUCAGCAGCACUUUCCGCUACCUGGCGGACCUGCUGGGCUUCGCUGGGCCGCUCUGCAUCUCGGGCAUCGUCAGGAACUUGAUGCUGGAAGAGGGUGGCGCCGCUCCGGCCAAGAUAAGGGAAACCUACUUUGAUGUCCACUUCAUGCUGUCCACCGAGCUGCUGCAGAACACCUCGGUUCUGGCCGUCCUUCUCUUCCUGGCUUUGGUCCUGCAAAGAACCUUCCUGCAGGCCUCCUAUUACGUCACCAUAGAAACGGGCAUCAACGUGCGAGGCGCCCUGCUGGCGAUGAUUUACAACAAAAUCCUGCAUCUGUCCACCUCCAACAUGUCCAUGGGGGAAAUGACGCUGGGUCAGAUCAACAACCUGGUCGCCAUCGAGACCAACCAGCUUAUGUGGUUCCUCUUCCUCUGCCCAAACCUGUGGGCCAUGCCUGUGCAGAUCGUGAUGGGUGUUAUUCUUCUCUACUACCUGCUGGGCUGGAGCGCCAUGAUCGGAGCAUCUGUCAUCGUUCUCCUGGCCCCCGUGCAGUACCUCAUCGCCACCAAGCUGGCCGACACGCAGAAGAGCACCCUGGAGCACUCCACGGAUCGCCUGAAGAAGACCACGGAGAUCCUGAAGGGCAUCAAGCUGCUGAAGCUGUACGCCUGGGAGAACAUCUUCUGCGGCAGCGUGGAGGAGACGCGGGGCAAGGAGCUGAAGAGUCUCAAGACGUUCGCCUUCUACACCUCCAUGUCCAUCUUCAUGAACACCGCCAUUCCCAUCGCCGCGGUGCUGGUGACCUUCGUCGUGCAUCACUUCAUCAACAAAACCUGCCCGAGUCCCUCCGAGGCCUUCGCCGCUCUAGCGCUGUUCAACAUCCUGGUCACACCGCUCUUCCUGCUCUCCACCGUCGUCAGGUUCGCCGUCAAGGCGCUCGUCAGUGUGCAGAAGCUGGGCGAGUUCCUUCAGAGCGACGAGAUCGGAGACGACAGCUGGAGGAACGGAGAGAUGCCCGUGCCCUCGGAGGGCGCCAAAAAGCACCCGGGGGUGACCAAAGCCAUCAACAGGAAGCAACCCCUGCGGUACCAGAUGGACAACUACGAGCAGCCGUCCAGGCGGCAGAUGAGACCCAGCGAGACGGAGGAUGUGGCCGUAAAGGUCAGGAGAUCUUUCCAAUUGUUGAAAAGAAAGCUUUUAAACCGGGGCUGCUCAGAGGCGGAGGAGGAGGGCCACGACCACCUCGGGAGGUACCACGUCGUCUUCAUCCCCGUCGUGCUCUUUCUCACUGUGACCCGCCCGCCCCUCCCCUCCCACCACGAGCGCAGCAAGAACAGGUACUCCGUGGCCUACGCCACCCAGAAGUCCUGGCUGCUCAACGCCACCGUGGAGGACAACAUCACCUUCGGAAGCCCCUUCAACAAGCAGAGGUACAAGGCGGUGAUCGACGCCUGCUCCCUCCAACUGGACAUCGACCUUCUUCCUUUCGGGGACCAGACGGAGAUCGGCGAGCGCGGCAUCAACCUGAGCGGCGGGCAGCGCCAGAGGAUCUGCGUGGCUCGGGCGCUCUACCAGAACACCAACAUCGUCUUCUUGGACGACCCCUUCUCCGCACUGGACAUCCACCUGAGCGACCACCUGAUGCAGGAAGGCAUCCUCAAGUUCCUGCAGGACGACAAACGAACGGUGGUGCUGGUCACGCACAAGCUGCAGUACCUCAUCCACGCCGACUGGAUCAUAGCCAUGAAGGGCGGCUCCGUGCUGAGGGAAGGAACUCUGAAGGACAUCCAGACUCAUGACGUGGAGCUCUACGACCACUGGAAGACGCUCAUGAACCGGCAGGACCAGGAGCUGGAGAAGGACAUCGAGCAGGACAGCCAAACCACCAUGGAGAGGAAGACUCUGCGCAGGGCGUUCUACUCCCGGGAGGCCAAGAACCAGGUGGAUGACGAAGAUGAAGAGGAAGAAGAGGAGGAGGAAGAUGAUGACAACUUUUCCAUGACCACCAGCAGAAGGUCGAAGGUCCCGUGGAAGGUGUGCUGGUGCUACAUGUCCUCCGGGGGCCUCUUCAUGGUCUUCCUCAUGGUGUCCUCCAAGCUCCUCAAGCACUCGGUCAUCGUGGCCAUCGACUACUGGUUGGCCAUCUGGACCUCCAAGUCCAACCAGAGCGUAGUGGAAGGACCCAACGGAACGUGCCAGGUUCAGGUUCUCAGCCGCAACGCCACGUUCCCCGGCUCCUCGGACUCUGAGGACCCCAUCCACCUGACGGUCUUCAUAGUCCUGUGUGCGGCCGGGAUCACCUUGUGCCUCAUCACCUCCCUCACCGUGGAGUUCCUGGGUCUGUCAGCGGCCAGCAACCUUCACGACAACCUGCUCAACAAGAUCAUCCACGCUCCCCUCAGGUUCUUCGAUAUCACCCCGCUGGGGCAGAUCCUCAACAGGUUCUCGGCCGACACCAACAUCAUCGACCAGCACAUCCCCCCCACGCUGGAGUCCUUGACCCGAUCCACCUUGCUGUGCCUGUCUGCCAUCGGGGUCAUUUCCAGCAUCACACGAUACUUCCUCAUCGCCCUGGUUCCCCUGGCGGUGGCCUUCUACUUCAUUCAGAAGUACUUCCGGGUGGCGUCCAAAGACCUGCAGGACCUGGACGACUCCACCCAGCUCCCUCUGCUCUGUCACUUCUCCGAGACCGCUGAAGGACUCACCACCAUCAGAGCCUUUAGACACGAGGCCCGUUUCAAGCAACGCAUGCUGGAGCUGACCGACACCAACAACACCGCCUACUUGUUUCUUUCUGCUGCCAACCGCUGGCUGGAGGUCCGCACGGACUACCUGGGAGCUGUGAUCGUGCUGGCGGCGGCCGGGGCGUCCAUCUGGGGUUCACGUUGUGGUCAACCUUCUGGGGGUCUGGUGGGCCUCGCUCUUACCUACGCCCUGACUGUUACUAACUACCUGAACUGGGUGGUGAGGAACCUGGCGGACUUGGAGGUCCAGAUGGCGGCGGUGAAGAAGGUCAACAGCUUCCUGGGUACGGAGUCCGAGAACUACGAGGGAUCCAUGGACUCCUCUCAAGUCCCGGAGAACUGGCCCCAUGACGGCGAGAUCAAGAUCCAGGACCUGUGCGUGCGCUACGACCCCAUGCUGAAGCCCGUGCUCAAACACGUCAACGCCUACGUCCAGCCGGGCCAGAAGGUGGGAAUCUGCGGCCGCACGGGCAGCGGCAAGUCCUCUCUGUCCUUGGCCUUCUUCAACAUGGUGGACAUUUUUGAAGGGAAGAUCGUCAUCGACGGGAUCGACAUCUGCAAACUUCCUCUGCAGACACUCCGGUCUCGCCUGUCCAUCAUCCUGCAGGACCCCGUCUUGUUUAGCGGCUCCAUUAGGUUUAAUCUGGAUCCGGAGCAGACGUGUAAUGAUGAGCGCCUGUGGGAGGCGCUAGAGAUCGCUCAGCUGAAGAACAUGGUGAAGGCGCUGCCAGGCGGACUUGAUGCGGUGGUGACGGAGGGCGGGGAGAACUUCAGCGUGGGUCAGAGGCAACUCUUCUGUUUGGCUCGAGCGUUUGUCCGCAAAAGCAGCAUCCUCAUCAUGGACGAGGCCACCGCCUCCAUCGACAUGGCGACGGAGAACAUCUUACAAAAAGUGGUGAUGACGGCGUUUGCAGACCGCACUGUGGUCACCAUCGCUCACCGGGUCCACACCAUCCUCACAGCGGACUUGGUCAUCGUCAUGAAGCGGGGCAACAUUCUGGAGUACGACAAGCCAGAGACCCUCCUGGAGCAGGAAGACGGGAUGUUUGCGUCCUUCGUCAAGGCCGACAUGUAGACUGGUUUGAGCCGAUAUCAUGAACCAGGGUCAGAAGCUUGAAUUCUCCACCAUGGAGGACGGGUCCAGAACCGCCUUGUAUCAACAACACCCAGCCAUGAUUUUUUAUCAACAACACCCAGCCAUGAUUUUUUUUUUUAUUCCUCGUUUCACUUUGACAGGAUCUUUUUUUUUUUUUUUUACCUUGAGCAUCACGUUUGAUUAUUCAGCACUUGUACGACCAUGCAAGACCAACUUGCAUUAAAGUCUUUUAUAAUCUUUUA